UCUCGUGUGAUUUUUAGCCAACCAAGAAGAGUAAGACUAGGAAGCUUCGAGGGCACGUCAGCCAUGGACAUGGCCGUGUCGGAAAACACAGAAAGCAUCCUGGAGGUCGUGGUAAUGCUGGUGGCAUGCACCACCACAGAAUCAACUUUGACAAAUACCACCCAGGGUACUUUGGUAAAGUUGGUAUGAGGCACUAUCACUUGAAGAGGAACACCAUGUUCUGCCCAACCAUUAACCUGGACAAGCUGUGGACCCUGGUGAGUGAGCAGACCAGACUCAACUACGGCAAGAAGCCUGAUGGCCCAGCCCCCAUCAUCGAUGUUGUCCGUGCUGGCUACUUCAAAGUGCUUGGCAAAGGCAAGCUGCCCAAGCAGCCAGUCAUCGUCAAGGCGAAGUUCUUCAGCCGACGAGCAGAAGAAAAGAUCAAGGGCGUCGGAGGAGCUUGUGUUUUGACUGCAUAAGCACCUGUUGGUAUUUUGCAAAAUAAACUGUAUAAAAAGAA